AGUUAUCUAUAUUAGCAAAAACUCAUCUACACGUGUUCUGAUGUUGCCGGUAGCUUGGCACAUGCUUGCUAUGGCGUUGUUGGAUACGGUACACAUCGUUUAUCAUCAGGGUAUUACCAAAUCAGUGCAAAGUUUACGCUCCAAAGGUCAGCGUGCCUGACCACUUUACACAGCCCCUUUUCAACGACUUUCCUACGUACAUGUAGCUCCAAAAUGGUCGACUUUGACGGCGCUCUUGAGUAUCUCGGGGCUUUUGGGAAGUACCAAAAACUCAUCUACAGUUUAACAUGCGUUCUGACGCUGCCAGUAGCUUGGCACAUGCUUGCUAUGACGUUUUUGGACGCCAAGGUGGCGUUCCAUUGUAACGUCCCUGAGAUACGUCAUGCCGGGCCGGGGACAGAGAACUACAGCUGUGCGCUGAACUAUUCCAUACCAUGGGAACAAGAGAAAGAGACCAAAAAAUGGAAACUAUCUGGCUGUCAGAGGUACAGCGUCAGUAACGCCAGCCUGGAGACAGCAGAAUGUCCCUUUGAUGCCAUCAACGAAACAGCUCUCGGCUACUUUAAUGGCGCAAACACGUCAUCAUGUAACCAUGGUUACUGGUACGACACGAGCCAGUAUCACAGCAGCAUUUUCACUGAGUUUGACCUGGUGUGUGGCAGCAGUGAGUUGAACCAGUUCGCCCAGUCCAUGUACAUGGUGGGGGUGCUACUUGGAGCUGUUGUCUUCGGACAACUCUCAGAUAUCAUGGGGAGAAAGAAAAUCUUAUUCCUGGGCAUCUUGAUCCAGCUCGUUUUCGGAGUAGCUGUUGCGUUCUCUCCCAACUAUACGCUGUUCGUCGUCUUCCGAGCUUUUGUCGGCGCCUCUACUUCUGCUGUGUUCCUGCCAUGUUUUGUGAUAGGAACAGAACUAGUGGCUCCCAGCAUGAGAACAUGGGCUGGAACUAUCAUUGAGAUCGUCUUCGCUAUUGGUUACUUGUUCCUGACACUCAUAGCGUACUUCAUCAGGGACUGGAGGACUUUCCAACUUGUCAUCAGUGUGCCAAACGCAGUCUUCCUCUUCGCUUAUCCGUUGGUUAUUGAGUCUCCAAGAUGGCUGCUGUCCAAAGGUCGUGACGAGGAAGUGGUCGCCAUAAUACGAAAGGCAGCCAAGGUCAAUGGGGUCACACUGCCAGAUGAGGUUUUCAAACACAAUAAAUCAGAUAUGGAAAAGUCAAAAGACGAGAGGACAUACACUGUGAUUGACCUUGUGCGGACACCCAACAUGGCGAAAAAGUCUAUGGUGAAUUUCGACGCUUCGCUGAAAUACAUCGGUUCGUACGGUAAAUAUCAGAAGAUCACGUAUUACGUUGUUUUGGCGCUAUGCUUGACUUGCCCAUUCCAUCAGUUGGGCAGCUCGUUUCUUGACGCCGAGGUGGACUACCACUGCGCCGUGCCCGAGUCACGAGCGGCCGAACGGCUUCCGAACGAGACCGAGUGUGUGUGGAACUACUCCAUACCCUGGGAACGGUCUACGGAAGGUGGCACAUGGAGAUACACCCAAUGUUCAAGGUACACUGUGACGGCAUAUGAGUUGGGCAACUUGAGCUGCCCCUAUGACGCCCUCAACAUCACCAGAAAUGACACAAGACCGACAAAAGGAUGUGAUGGGGGAUACUGGUAUGAUACUAGCCAGUAUAAAAGUAGCAUCUUCAUGGAGUUCAAUCUUGUGUGCGAGAAAAGUACCCUGAACAGCCUGUCACAGUCCAUUUACAUGGCAGGGGUCCUGGUUGGAGCCAUCGGGUUUGGACAACUUUCGGACCUAAUCGGAAGAAAGAAGACACUUUUCAUCAGUCUGUUGCUGAUGUUGGUGUUUGGGGUCGUGGUAGCCUUCUCUCCAGAAUACAUCACUUUCGUCAUCAUGCGAUUUAUUGUCGGUGCUUCAGUGUCAGGGGUCUUUCUGUCGGCUUUCGUCAUAGGUACGGAGUUAACCGGACGAGAAGACAGAACAUGGACGGGAACACUGCCACAUAUCUCCUUCGCCAUCGGCUACAUGCUGUACGCUCUGAUGGCGUGGGGCAUCCGGGACUGGCGUCAGCUCCAACUCGCCAUGGCUCUUCCUAACAUCAUACUGCUCUUCGCAUGGCCUUUUGUGAUUGAGUCUCCAAGAUGGCUGCUGUCACGUGGUCGUGAUGAGGAGGCCAAACAGAUUCUACUCAAGGCGGCAAAGGUCAACAAGGUCACCAUACCUGAUGAAGUCCUGGAGGAGAAAGCACACAAGAAGGACGUCAAGCAAUACACUGCCAUUGACCUAAUCCGCACCCCUCAUCUGCGACUCAUGAACAUCAUCUGUUGCUACAACUGGAUGGUAGUUUCCAUGGUGUACUAUGGCCUGUCCCUGAACACCGGCUCCCUUGCCGGUAACAUCUACCUGAACUUCUUCAUCAGUGGAGCUGUGGAGAUCCCCGCCUACUACCUGUCAUGGUGGCUCCUGGAUAUCAUAGGGAGAAUUAAAUGCCACACAGGUUUCAUGAUUCUGUCCGGAGUAGCCUGCAUUGUGGCACCGUAUCUGGCGCCCCCUUACGUCGCUGACCACCUGGCUCCCCUGUCUGUCACCCUGGCGAUGAUAGGGAAGGCAGCGAUCAGCGCGGGGUUUAACAUCGUCUUCCUGCUGUCUGCAGAACUCAACCCGACAGCUAUCAGGAAUGUUGGAGUGGGGGCCGGGUCCAUGUUUGCUCGACUCGGAGGCGUCAUCUCGCCGUUCGUUGUUCUCACCAACAAACUCUGGCUGCCCCUGCCUUUCCUCAUCUUCGGUGGACUGUCUAUUAUCGGGGGCGUGAGCGUGGUCAUCCUGCCUGAAACACUGGGGGCUGAACUACCUGAGACACUUGAAGAGGGGGAGAACUUUGGAAAGAAAAAGAAGAAGAAAGUCUAUCUAUCAGACAUCGAGAAGAAUGGAAAAGACAAUCAGGUAUUUGCGGCUGGAGAUAUGGCCGAGGGCAAGGUUGAUCCUUACGGGACGACUAACGGUGAAACUACGCCUCUCUGAACACUAACAACCACCAAAUACAUGUAUAUAUUACGCCUUUCAUCGCAUGAAAUGGCUUUUUUCUUGACAAUUGACCAUUAUGAAUACAUUGAUGUUUUCAACAUACACAUACCUUAACUCCUCAUACACAGGUAACCUAGUAAAUAAACGGAAUGGUAAUUCGUUUGUUUAUUUAUUUCAGGAAUCUCCAAUAAGUGACAAUACACCACUACUCUUCCAGGAGUCCUCUUUCAUACAUUGUAACAUACAAAAAUUAUAACAACUAUUUACAUUCGCCAUCUAAUAACAAUACUAAUAAUACAACAAACGUCAUUAAGGUAACUGCACAUUUAACAUCAAUCAAUAACCUUAUUAAACAAUAUCACAUUAAAAAAAUGUUAGCCUGGAUUAUCAUUCGAUAUAUAUUCGAGUGGAAUCGCUUAUACGCAUGCUGAUUACUAGUACCACAUGUAACAUUUAGUCACAACAUUAUUUUUUACUAUAUAUAGGUCAAGCUACAUAGAUGUAGAUUAUUGGAUAUCUGAAGAGUGCAUACUUUCAGAUUUUUUUACUACUGUAUCAGUAACAUAACAUUUAUAACAUGUUUUCACAAAAGUAGGGUGGAAAACCAAGAAAUGUUACACAUAGAACCAGGAAUCAAACUAUACCCAUGGGAUUGGAUGGGUAUAGUUGAUGUUGAUGAUGUUAAUAGAAAGUUGAUGUUGACGUGGUUGGAGUU